AUGUCCAUACGCACCCUCUUCGCCCUGCUCUUUGCAGCCCUCGGCUCCGCCCAGCACGUCGUGGACGAUUUGUCCUUUGGCCACCGAGAGCAACUGUCACCGCACAGCGGAGGCACGAUACCGCAUUGGCAGGCUAGCAGCAGCAAGCACAACCUACAAAUACUCAGCGACCGCGCCAUCCUUACUCCUCCCUCCCCUGGCAAUGCCAAAGGCUCGUUAUGGGCCGAGAGGUCCGUCGACAGUCCAACAUGGCACGCCGAGGUCGAAUUCCGCGCCUCGGGGCAAGAGACCGGCAGUGGCAACUUCAACAUCUUCUACGCCAAAGACAAAGCCCCAAUCCUCACGGAGACUGUCUAUACUGUCGGCAGAUUUGAUGGAUUGGUGAUUACCGUUGAUCAAUACGGCAAUACGGGAGGUAAGAUCCGCGGCUUCCUGAACGAUGGUACCCAAAACUUCAAAGACCAUGGGCACCUGGAGAGUCUCGCCUUUGGCCACUGCGAUUAUGCCUAUCGUAAUCUUGGCCGACCCAGCAGGCUUAAAAUCAUCAACCAGGAUGGUUUGCGAGUGGAGGUGGAUGGCAGGGAAUGCUUCAGCACCGGCAGCAUCACCCUUCCCUCCGGCUACUACUUUGGCGUUACCGCGUCCACGGCCGAGCACCCGGACAGCUUCGAGAUCAACAAAUUCCUCGUCUCCAACCACAUCCCCGAAGGCGCCCACAUCCGCAAGCCCGAGCCUCCCCUUGCCGCGUCGCCAGAGCAUCACCAGCAACCAGUCCAGCAACUCCAGAAACUCGACCGCCUCCCGCGCGCCCCUGAAAGCGUGCCCGACGCCAACCCGGACGAGUUCAAAUCGACAGGCGACCAAUUCGCCGAUCUGCACAACCGCCUGCAAGCCCUCUCGCACCAAAUCGCCGAAGUCUUCCUCGAGCUCGAGCAAAUCGGCCUCAAGCUCGACGACCAACACGGCGAUAUCAUGGGCAGCGAAGGCACGGGGACAAACAUCGGCCUCAACGCCAAGAUCGACGGCCUGCAUCGUCGCCUCGAAAACGUGGAGCGCAUUAGCGAGUACACCCGCAACGGGUACGAGAACGUCGAGCGGAUUGUCGAGUACAGUCGCAAGGGGUACGAGAAUAUUGAGCGCAUUGUCGAGUAUACGCGCAAGCAGCUGGAGGAGCGCAGUUACCAUGAGCACUACCACCGCUUGAACGAGGCGAUUGAGACGGUGACGGCGUCGACGCCGCGCAUGGGCUUCUUCCUCAUUGUCGUGAUCGGAGCGCAGGUGGGGCUUGCGGCGACGUAUAUCAUCUAUAAGAGACGCAGGGCGCGGAUGCCGAAGAAGUAUUUGUAG